AUGACUCAAUUGUACGCUUUUCCCCCAAAACCGCCGACUAAUAUGUUGAAUCGCAUUUCCGCUAGCCUAGCCGUCCUUCUUCCGCCUCACUGCGUUUGCCUCCUCCACCCAAUUCCUUGCAGCCGAAACGUCGUUGCAGCCGAAGUGUGUGUGCGCGCGCUGAACACCGGAAGUGUCUUCAUAAAGGCGACCCGCUCUCGUCGCGUCUUCUGGAUGCUUCGACGACAUUUCGCCCGGUCGUUGCUGUGUGUUGUCGCGAAGAGUGCGGCUUCCGGUGCCGGAGGCGGUUCGUGGGCGCGCAUGAUGGAUGGCGCUUUGGUCGCGGGGUCGUGGCGGCGGCGACAUUAUGGAGGAUUGGGCUUCCUAUUGUCGGCUUCAUCGAUCACGUCGUGGAAGUGCGCCGACGGCAGCAGACGUUGCCCACAAGGCUCAAAAGUCAAGUCGGCGGAGAUCUCCGAUUUUUUCGGUGGACGCGAAAAACACUGGCGGUGUUGUGAUGGCGUGGAUCACGGGUUAUUUUGUUGGGAAAGGAUCGCGCCGGAAGUCGGCGUUCUCUGGACUCGCUGCACUUCUCCCAACACCGGGUAUUUUGGGAAACGGGGGCUAAAAAUAAAAACAGAUUUGAUUGAUCGAGGACUUUACGGGCUUGAAGAAAAUCGAUGA